CGAUAUGUUGUGUCCAUGAAUGCACAAGGUUACUUCAACAACGCAACAACGUCGACCACUACAUCCAUCAGGCAGAACAGUAAACUCACUUCGGCCCUCUUUAGAAUUUUUUUGCUCUACCUUCUGACAGGCCUAGCGUUUUAGACACAUCUGUUGGGUACUUGUUCGGCUCUACGUUCAACAUGCCACUCGUCGUUCCUGCUCUCCGUUUGUUCAUGGUUUUUAUGAAUGUGUAUGACACGUACAAGACUCUCAAAAUACCACCUGGACGCAAGGGCGGUCCCCCCAGCGUCAGGGCAAUGACUCAGAGAAAGAGGGACCUCAAAGGGUGUCUCGCAGUUUGGGUUGUUUGGUGCUGUCUUGCAGCAUAUGAGAGAACGUUUGACCGUUUUGUCAGUUUCAUCGUACCGUUCUACAGCGAAAUCAAGUCAGUUACGCUACUGUUUCUCCUGCUGACCCGUGCCAAGGGAGCUGAACCCUUGUACUUGCAUAUUCUGCGCCCACUUAUAAAACCAUAUGUGGACACCCUGGACCCAUUGCUUGAUCUAGCAAGGGACAUUGGAGAUUUUCUGUUUGCUCUGUCACAAGUUCCGCUCAAUUAUGUACUAUCCCUAUGCUCCGGUCUGCCAUGGCACACAGAACAAAAUGAGUCAGCCGCCGACUUUUCCGAAAACACUCCCGAGUUGAGCACAACACGCUCCAGCAGUGACUCUCGCAUACCCAUUGUGGCUAAAGCAUUCGUUACUGUGGAUUCAAAUCACCGGGUCACAGAAAAGCGCUCAGUGACCGUCCGCAGUGUCUCCAAUAAUAGGGCGCGACCCAAGUCCCGUCAACCUCCUGUUGAUUCCUAUGAGAGCAUGUCGCUCCGUAUGCGACAUUCCAAGUCUUCCUCGGUAACAACCCUCCCACACUAUCCCAACGAUACAGUUGGUCGUAUUCAUACGCGUCCCACAAUAAAUAAUACCAGAAAAGCCGCAUAUGAGAUUUGGAAUCCUCCGCCGCCUGCGUACGAAGAGGAAUACAGACGAAGCCGUUCGUCUAUUGGACGGUCGGAGAUAGGCAAUGUAUCCACUCCCAAUUUGGCGACCCCUCCACCCACAGUCGUCGUCAGCGAACCAGUUGACGAAGACUGGAGAGGGUAUCCACCCUUUCCUUCGGCAUACCCACCGACGCCCUUGGCUGCAUCUCACUCUCUUUCUGGAGCCACGUCAUCCGGAAAGGAUAAUUUGAUCAACUCGCCUUCUGCCCAGACCACCGUAAUUUCGUCCAUUCCGGAGAAUACAACGAUGGACCGCAGCCAGGAUUUUGAUGUGUCGCUCCAGCAAGCGCAUGAGCCCGCGAGGCUUGGUUCUGGCAGCUUACAGGUUCAUCACAAUAUAGACGGGUUCCAAUCAUCCGGCGGUGCAGGCAGCCCGGAUGAGAACGAGGACGCCUACAUGGAUGAGGAUGAAGAUGAUGAUUUUGAUGUCACUUUGCGGACUCCUUAUCGUCCAGGCCCGUCGUCAGUUGCAUCCAACGCGUCUUCCUCUGUGGCGAGCCUGCCCAGUGCUUUGACCACUAACGAUAACGCGUCGUCUCUGCGCACUAGCAGCUCAUCAGAGUCCACUCGCUCCUUCCAUACAUCUGAUUCGUCGCAUUAUGCAGGACAAAAACGCCCAUACCCGACUGUUACCCUGACCAGUCGAAGUGCAGCUGUCGGCGCUAUACUCAAGAAUACCACCAUGCGUGGCAAGGCUACUACUGCCCCAUCUUACGGAAACGACCUUGACUCUGAGCCCAGCGAAACUGAUGAUGACACUGAUGAUAGUGAUGAAGACAGUGGAGCGAAGAGGAGAAAGGUUCUUGAGCCUACGCGGCGAUCCGCAUAUCUACGUCCUACUGCCAAGCCUACCAUUAACGUUCGGAAGCCUUCACUGACUACCAGAAACUUCCCGGCAUCCUCCCGCGGAAAAAUCAGUGCUACUGCGCCAAAAGCCGGUACUCGCAGUGGUUCGCGUGCUGCACCCCAGACGGUAGGAGUAGCUUCCCGUGGAGAUACCCUGCGUAGACCGACACGAAGGAGCACAUCAAAAUUGCCGUCGCAAGACGCUGGGCCCUACGCUCGCACUGUAACCUCGCGAAGCAAGACUUGAUGUCGGUUUCAUGACUUUCCGAAUUCAAUCCUUUCUUUCUGGGCUCUCAGCCCCAUGACUCCUUUCAUGCACAUCGUCAUUCACUGUACACAAAUCAUGUUGCUCAGUACAUACACAUUUCAUUGCAUUCAAAUCAUCGUUUGAGUAUCAAAAGGUCUUGGUCCUGGCAUAGUUCAUUUGCUGUGAUCUUACUAGUAGUGUUUGCAGUGUUGGAGAGCUCGGCUUAUCCCUGCCAAUAUGCCCUCUGUGGACUCAUUCGCAAUUUAAAUCCUCUAGAACCGUUGCCUACAUUCUUUGCAGUGCGUUCAAUGGAGAUGUGCAUCAUCGCUGGGAUUUGAGCGAGUGCAGCCUUCACACCAAUC